AUGGCUGAUCAGCAGCGAUCUGGCCACAACACUUCGGACUCUCGCCGGAAAUCAGCAGCCGGGAGACGAACCUCACAACACACUACGACGUCAUCAUUAUCUUCCGGUGGAGGAACCAUGUCGGCAGCUGCAACGACGGGGACAGGAACGGUCUCGCCUUGUGGAGCUUGCAAGUUCUUGAGAAGGAAGUGUGUGAGUGGAUGCAUUUUCGCUCCACAUUUCGGAUCGGACCAAGGAGCGGCUAGGUUCGCGGCUGUCCAUAAGGUUUUUGGAGCCAGCAACGUGUCGAAACUGUUGCAUCAUAUUCCGGUGAACCGUCGUCACGACGCAGUAGUUACGAUUUCAUAUGAGGCUCAGGCUAGGCUCUCUGAUCCUGUAUAUGGCUGCGUCUCAACUAUCCUUGCUCUCCAACAACAGGUGGCCUCGCUGCAGGCGGAGUUAUCACUGGUGCAAUCACAACUAAUAAACAGUAGAGUCGCAAUGGCCAACGUUAUGCAACAACAACAAAACCAGCACCAACAACAACUAGUCGUUAUGCAACAACCCGAAUACUCCAACAACUCAUCCGCCUCCACCACUCUUGCAGGAGCCGCCAUGAACAGUUUCCCUGCGACGGCAGAAGCAGCCGCAGCCGUAAGCUAUGACAUCAUGGCUCCAGCUAAUUUAGAACAUUCGUUGCAGCCUGUGCCACGGCAUCAGCAAGGUAGCGGAAAUCAGCAGGAGGAUGAGGAAGAGAGUGGCACUGAUUUUUCGGUGGCUGUUGGAUCCACGGCGUUGGCUUCGGAGGUUAUAUUUCCGGCGGAGGGUUUUCACCGAAUAUGA